AUGGCGCAACAACUACCUGGUUCAACUCGUCAUGACAAGAAGAGAAGACUUGAAAAUGAUAUUUCAACUGACAAUGUGUCUCAAAACAAUGACUCUUGGGCUCGCUUCCUUGUGAUCGAGGCUGCUGAUCAUCAACCGUUAAAACUAAACCCUUUUGCUAUUUCAAAAGCUGUUUCUGGAAAUUGUGGUGUAGUAAAAAAUGUAACCCGUCUUCGGUCUGGCUCCUUACUUGUGGAGUGUGCACGGAGACAGCAAUCUCUGAACCUUUUAUCAAUUACUCAGUUUGCCAAUGUUGAUGUUGCUGUGUCCGUGCACAGAACACUGAACUCGUGUCGGGGAAUUGUUCGGGACAGAGCUCGAUGCCUGUCUGAUAUGUCAGAACAAGAAAUUGUGUCUGAACUGGAGGAUCAAGGUGUUACGUUUGUCAAACGUUUCACCAGAAUCAACGAUGGAGUUGUCACCAAUACUCAUACUUACCUGUUCACUUUUGCGCGUUCUUCCUUACCGCAAUCAAUCAAAGCUGGUUAUGUUAAUAUCGGAGUGGAUAUGUAUAUCCCAAAUCCACUCCGAUGUUUUAAAUGUCAAACUUUUGGCCAUGGUUCUAAAUCAUGUGCUAAACCUGUCAAAUGUCAUCGUUGUGCUGGCAGCCAUGAGGGUAACGACUGUGAGGAGGACAUCGUUUGUGCUAACUGUGGUGGCCAACAUUUGUCUUCUUCUAAGUCGUGUCCUGUUUGGCAGCUUGAAUCAAAAAUCAAUAAAAUGAAAUAUGAAAAUAACAUUUCUUUUGCAGAUGCAAGAAAACUGUUCACUAAACAAUCCACUACUCCAUCACAUCUUACUUACUCUGCCGCAGUUACACGUUCUGCAACUAUUUCUACUGCCACUGCAUCAAUCACAUGCCAAACGGAUCUGUCAUGGGUCCAUUCUGAUCAGCCCCUUCAAACCGCUGGAAUCAGUCCACCAACUUCUGACAAUCAGACCAGUUCAGCAACCCAGACUUCUACUCAGACUGCUAGUCAGACUGACACAGUUGUCCCAGAAAAGAACAAAAGCACUGAACCACUUGACAGCUCACUUGACAAAAAGAAAAAAAAAAUAUUAAAUAGAAAACAAUCAUCUCCGGCAGCCUCGCCCCCAGAACUAUCUCUUCAAAACUCCUUUGAGCCUCUUGACAUGGAGGUAACUCUGUCUGUACAGGACAGUAGGAGUAAUUCGUCCUCACGUUCGCGUGUGAGAACUCCAAUUGAGCCUCCAUGA